AUGCCGUACACGUACGGAAAGGGCAAGUGGGGUGGCGGCGACGCCACCGCCGCCGGGACAGCGGUGGGCAGCGCGGGAGGCGAGGAGGAGGAGGAGCGCGAGCGCGCUCUGGUUGCCCACCUGGCUUGGCGUCUGGCAGACGGCACGGGCACCUGCACGGUGUGUCUUGGCGGGUUUGUGACCGGGGAGGAGCUCCGUCUGCUGCCCGGAUGCGGCCAUGUGUUCCAUCGGUGCUGCAUUGACAGGUGGCUAUCAACCAGCGCCACGUGCCCCAACUGCCGUACAAUCGUCAUGCCUGCAUGGGUAGUUGAGAUGGUUUUGGAGCUGGCGGCGGCCAGGCAGCGGCGCGGUAGCGGCAGUCCUGCGGUCGGCGGGGCCGGAUCGGGGCUUUAG